AUCGCAAUCAGUCAUUGCUUUGGAUAAUUUAAAUAUAUCUAAAUUACACUUAUUCUUGCGUUCCUUUACCACAAAAAUAUAAUAUUCUAAUGUUUUACAGCAGUAGAGGAUUGUAAAAUGAAUUCCACUGUAUCUGAUGAUUUAACUCGGGAAAAUUCAGCUUCAGAGAUCUCUAAGUGCAUAAAGGAUCUUUCCGCUAAUAACAGAAACCUCUCAUUACUACACAAAGAACUUUUGGAAAUUAACCUUUCGGUUAAAACCUAUGUACAGGAGAGUAAAAAACGGUUGCAAGGACUAAGACUUGAUUUAGCGCACGAGGCCAGAAGCUCCCAUCAAGUGGUCGAAUUAUUAACAGAAAAAUAACAAUGUCAGCAAAGUCAACAACACCGCGCAAACGAAAUCAAAGGAUAACUGCAAGAUUAUCACAGGAGAACAUCAACAAAUGUAACAAAUCAGUAGAAAGACAGCGAGCUAGGACUUUUGUAACAUGGUACAAGCAAAUGAUAGACAACGAAAGACAAAACUUAGCUCUAUACCUAGCUGAUGAUGCGUUUCUGGAAUGGUUUGGGCGCACAAUAAAAACAAGAAAGAAAGUGAGCGCCUUCUUGAAACAUGAUAUGCAUUGUUCAAAGCACGACUUUACAUCUGUUGAAAGUAUAGAAAAAAUACAAAAUAGACAUGAAAAAUUACACAGGAGAGACGAUGGAACUUUAGUGAGUCCUCUACAUUCCCCAGAGAUAAAAACAGGAAAGCCAGGCAAAAAAAAGCUAAGUUUCAACUGCAGCCCUGAGUGGGCUGAAGGAUGUCAGCCAUUAGAUGAAAUUAAAAUUGAUAAGAAAAAAGUAAAAAUAGAAAAUAAUGUGUAUGAAAUUGUUGAACAAGAACAAAAUUCUUUGAAGAGACAAUAUCCAGAAGAUGAAAAUAACAUUGAUAUAAGUCAGAAUGGUGAUGGAAUGGGACAGAAGCCAAAAAGAAAAUGUAUUCCAGUAACACCACCAAAUCCAGAACUAGGUCAAGGUGAUUGUCUUCCAUCCACAAGUGGAACUGAUUCAGACAAAUCUCAUGACACAUUGAAUGCCCAGUUGCAGAAAUUAGCAGUUGAAUGUAAUGGGUAUAUAGAAUUUACUAGAACUAGAAAUAGCCGAAGUAAUGAGGGCAUGAAAUGGGACAGAAAGUGUAAAGUCCAAAUAAGUUAUUCAGAAGAUCCAUUAAAUAUUGGAGAAUAUAUAAUUUGGGCAUUGAGAUAUACAGAUGAAAGUAAAUGCCGUAGGAACCUCCUUCCUGAUUUUGAAGAAGUAGCAAGAGAAGAAAUACGUACAUAAGCAAAAAUACCAGUGCAUUAAAAAUUUUGUUAUCUGAAAACCUAUAAGGAUGAUGGUCAUGUGAUAAUACAUUUGUGUUAUGUUUUACUGUGUUUUUACCACUGAAUAUUAAUAUUAUGUUUAUUUUAGUUAAUGUUAAAAAACAUUCUCUCAAAUGUAUAUGGAUAAUUUUUAUAUCCAGUCUAUACCACCGCCAUUUGAAAACUAUUACAUUAUGUAUUAUUAUUACUCUUGUAACAACUCCUAGAUGUAGGUUUAUAUUGUUUAGUGUGCCAAAUGUUUAUUAUAUCUAAAAUAUUUGUUUAGCAAACAAUGUAUUAUGUGGAAACUAGCAUGUAGCUUGUAGACAGGUGAGGCUGAACACAAUUUGCAUCAUCUUGAGCUUCACAUUUUAUUCUUUAAUUUCUACUUAUAAAUGUAAUAUUCAUUUAAGGUUUCUGUUAUUAUUAUGCUGGUGAAGUAUUAAGAUUUUUGUUUUCAUUAUACUUUGACAAUAAAAAUGUUUAUAUGUACAUAAAA